AUGAACAACCAGGAGGCCUAUGAGCUGGCUGCGAAGGUGAAACUCCGUCCCGACGGGAAGUCUCCCUCUAUUAUGAUAGGCCUGCGUUUAUUACACUUCCAACCACCCCACUUUACCUUGGAGGUGCAGUGUUUGAAUGAAACCCAGCAAUACCUGUGCAGAAUCUUGCAUGAGGUGGGCUUGGAGCUCUGCAGCACGGCAGUAUGCACGCGAGACGGACCCUUCACCGUACAGCACGCUUUMACCCGCCGACACUGGACUGCCCCUGGUGUCAUACAGGCCAUCCAACAGUCCAGGAAGGCUAGAAAAUCCAAGAGCACACAGCCAGGGGAGGAUACAGGAACAGCCAGGCGAAGACAGGAAAUAGAGGAAGAAGCAGCAGUCACUGGUGAUUCCCACCGGUUACACUUGGUAUUGACCUCAAAAGCAUUUGGCUCUUGAUGUCCUUGGGAUUAGAUAUCCUUGAAAGAAAGCUACACGAGCUGCAAAAUAGAUUGGUUUUAGUCAAUCAAUGCAGAUGUGAAAAGA